AUGUUUCGCAUUUGUUGUUUUCGUGGCCUUAUCUUGAACUGUCUUUUACAUUGGUGUGAUUUUCUGCGAAAUAAAUUGGAGCUAUUAUAUUAGUAACUGUAAAUUUCAUAAAAAAUAAGUAUUUAAACGGAUGAGUGAUGAGCGUAGAAUGCAGGAUGUUCGAUUGGGAGGUUCGGUCAACAACGUGCGGACACAGCCCCAACAUAAUCAUUUGCCAUUGGGCGAAAAGAUGCCUACAGCAAAGAUGCCCUCACUUAUUGUUUCACAUAUGUACGGGGAAGACAUGAAAAUAUCGAAAAUAUUGCGGCGUCUGCAAUCGGAAAACAAUGCGACAGCUGCAUUGGAACUUUGCAACAAGUUGGAAAUAGGUGUGCGGGCGCAACCAAAUGCGACAUACAUAUGCCGUAGCUUCGAUUUACUAAUGGAAAAUAUGAUUACCGUGUUGAAACAAUGUCCGGAAGAGUGUUUGGAAAAAGCAAGCACAAUAAUGGGACUGAUGGGCUAUAUUAAUCGCAAUGAUUUCCCAGUCUACAAAAAUUACGUGAUUAAAGCGUACCAAUCGUGUAAAUCGAUACGAAAAUACGUGAUGCUUGCGUUGAAAACCACAUUCAGUUGCGAUGCAGUUAAUUUGGAUUUAAGUGUGUACACCGAACGCUUACUGGCAGUGCUAAAAGACUACUUGGAAAAUGCUGAAAUAGCCGAAAUCUUUAUAGCCGUCAGUGAGACAAUUACAGAAUUUUCAAAACAUUACAAGCGUGCUUUCGAAGUACAUUUCAUGGAUAUUGUCGACAUUAUUGUCGGAUGGCAUUUAGAGGUCGAACAGCCGGCUAACCUUAAAUUACACUGUUCCGUUGCAUUACAACAAUUUGCGCCAUACUUUCUUAAAGAAUUGGAUUUUACAUUUCGGCUAUUGGGACAAUUUUUAGAGGACAUCGUGGCAUUGGGUGAUGAAAUUUCGCAUGCGCCAUCACCAACAGACUCGCUAAGUGGCGAGGUAGACGCAAAAAAUCAACAAAACAAAGUAGAACUGCGUAUCGGUUGCUUUAUUGGUGCAUUCAACUCAAUUUUGAAAACCUUAGCGAAUCGUGUCGAAUUUGUGGGCAUGAUUGUGGGACAUAGUAUUGUGAAUGAAGCGGCAAUGACAAUAUCCAAAACAGCUGAACAAACACUAACAAUGACUUUAGCAAGUGAAGAUACCAUAAUGAAUAUUAAUGACUUUUUCUGUCUACUCUAUACGAACAGUUACGAUAUUAUUAAUAUGGUGAAUAUAGAAGAGUUAAUAGCGCUACAAAUGAAACAACUGAAUUUCUUUAGUGAUGCACCUAAGCAAAGCUUACUUUACCUGAUACUUUGCGUGUUUCGGCAGCUGCGCACACAACUGCCACUAUCCACCGUCACUUUGGUGUUUGAAACCACACACAAUCCGCUGGCCACUAUCAAAUUCACCAAUAACGACAAGCUGCGUCGCCUCUUCCUGAAGGUGUACCACGAAAUUUUAAUGAUAAAAAAUGUGCCAUUACUGCAGGAGACCUAUCGCCAUGUGACCGCCGAUAUGUAUAACGCAAUAGCCACGCUAGAAGCAUAUGACGACGAUACCGCUACUGGUCAAAUCAGUAAAGUGUUGCGCGCUGAGGCAACACUUAAUUUCUAUCUGACCGCUUUAUCGGCCUUGGCCACACAAACAUCGUCCAUCAUCAGCAUGUACGCACUAUAUCCUUCGAUUUUGGAACUAUUAAUUACGAAUUGCAAGGCGGGUGCUACACACUUGUGGCUACGCCAUCCAACAUUGCAUAACGCGUUGCUCAGUGUGCUUGUCGUGCACUGCCAGAAGAAUCACAAUUUUCGGCCGACAUCGCGUUUGCUUCGGGAACCACUUUUUGCGCCGAAACACGCUUUAGACGAAAACAACUCACCCACAUCAGAGAAUUUCAGUUUGAUAUUACAAUUUCUCGCUGGCAUUUUGAGCGCUGCGAAUGAUUUAAACGUGACUAAUCUGAAUUUGUUGCUCGACUGGGUGAGCUGCAUACUCACCGAGUGCCGUGAAAAUGCCGCUGUGCUACAACAACACGCCAACUUCAUCACCAUUUGCAAGUCCAUAAGUCAAGCCGUGUUCGCGUCCGCGCUCAAAUGCGCCAAAUGCAUGGAAAUCGUGCUCGACUAUGCCACAGUCAAUGCCGAAGUCUUGGCCUAUUUCCGCCAAGCCGCUGUAAUUAUGCUGGACGCGAACGAUGCCUGCGUACGUAGCGCGUUUACCAGCAUACUUGGAAAGUUGCCGCUCACCAUCUGUCUAACGUCUGAUGUCAUAAGCAGUGACAUUGGUGUGCGCAAAUCAGAACUCAACGAUCUAAUGCAGUGGUAUCGCUCCACCGCAUACAAUGCGCCGUUGCGAAACAAGUACUUCAAACCGUUUCUGGAGCGCCUCGAAAGCGACACCACCUGUGGUGAAUACGAACCGCUCUGUCAAUAUGCCGCUGAAGUCUUCGCCAAGUGUUGGGUGGCGCGUUCACGCGAGAACUGCGCGUCCUACGAGUCCGCAGCCAGACGUAGUUGUAGCGCGUUAGCGCUAUGGUUAGAGUACGAAGCGGCGCGCCAGUGUGUACGCAAUAAGUUACGCACUACGAUAGGUAAACCACAGGAGACCUUCCUCGCCAUAGAGGCCGUCAUCUCAAAGUAUGCGCGUAUAUUGUCUACAAAAAGUGGUUUGGCAAACGUUUGCACGGCGCGCAAAGUGACGCUGCCGCAUUUGAUGUCACUACAACGUAAUACACGCCUGCUGCUCGGCUUUAUCGAUAGUUUGGAGAAGCAUAUCUAUAAUGCGGCUGAAGGUACCGCUUUCGCCAUACCGGCGCUUGAGAAACCCAUCAAAACAUUCUUCCGCAUCAACGCGCACACUUGCAAUGAGUGGCUGAAUCGCAUACGACCGAGCGUUAAUCUGAUUGCAAUGCACAGCAUGAUGCCGGAACUGGUCAUACGCAAUGCGGAGGUCAUACUGCGCAUAGAUAAACUGAGCGACGUGCAGUUGGAUCAUACUGUAAUCAUGCUAGUGUGGGCAUUACUCUGCGCGGACGAGUCUUGCACGCUGCAAGGUCUCUAUAUAUGGCUGAAAACGAAGCAUCCAAAAGCCGCUAAGCGCUGCGUCUGGAUUUUGUAUGCUGCCGAGCAAGCUGCCGGUCAUAAAGAACAAGCCGCCGACAGCUAUGAAGCGUUUCUAGCCGAACACGAGUCGAGUUUGGAUGCGCGCAGCAAAGAAUUUGUUGUUGACCAGUUGAUUUACUGCUUGUACUACACCAGUCAGUGGACGCGUUGUCGUCGCAUACAUGCGCGUUAUAAAAACGGCGAAAAGCCAGACGACUUACACUACGAAUUAGCCGAGGCGCUCGUGGAUGAUUACGAGAGUGAGGCCAGUCGUAGUGACGCGCUGCAGAACGCUAUCAUGGAUUUGACAAGUUGGUCGCCAAACACCAGUGCGGACAGUGAAACCUCCGCGCCGGCGCCCGAAACAUUUUCCUACUACCACAUUACGCAGCAACUACAAGACGCUUGCGUUGCGCAUGCAUUUAAAUGGGACGCGAUGUCGACGCCGCCGCUUAGCGAAGACGUGCAAGCGUGUAUACGCAGCGGUGUGCAAGAGUUACCCUAUCACAGUCGCAUGCGCGUGGGUGAGCAUCGCAACGCGCUCACCGAUAUGCUCAUACUCAAUCAUGUGGCGCAAAAGUUGACCUGCGCGCAGAGCAUGUACGCCGAGCGCAUGCAUGAUAUGCGCAAUACGAACGAUACAGAGAAAUCAACAUUUCUACUGAAAUCCUUAAUGUGGACGCUCUUGUUCGAGCAGCGCUUGGGCGCGUCGGCUGAUGCUGCGCGUCAUUAUGCGCUGUACUUGGACGUAUCGAAUAGCGCGCGUCGCGAAGGCAACGGCACCUUUUGUCGCGCUAUGCUGCAGCGCUUUUUCCGCCUGAAAGGCUUUGAUGAAUCGCUCUCGGAAGUGGCGCGCAUGUUGCGUGAGAAUGAGUACACCGUGAGCGUACAUGAUGCGGAUUUGGUGCGCGGCUUUAGCGAGUUAGCGAAAUGUUCCUACGUCAAUUCGGCCAAUCAAAUGAAUGCCAUCAGCUUGGGCGCUGCCUACUGUACACAAAUCAUACAACAAGUGCAAGAACAACCGCACGCCACAUAUCCACCGAGCAGCGCUGACAUGCUUCUCACAUUAGCCGAUUGGUUGUCGCCGCGCGUCACGGGCGCUACAACUGGUCACAACGCGAGCGGCCCACCGGUGCCCAAUAACAAUGUGAACGCCGCCUUGGCUUUGACGGAAAUGCAAGAAUUGUUGCAACAUCUGCCCGACGUGACGGUGCAUUUGGUGAAAGAGAGCGCCGACGACGCGGUUACUACGCUCAUACCGCCAGCGGAGAAAGCCAUCGGCAAGCUCAUCAACGCCAGCAUCUGUCAGUCGAGCAAUUCGAGCGAUGCCUGGUUCGCCUACGGCAAUUGGUGCUAUCGCUGGGGCAAACGUCUGAUGGAAGCUAAGAAUACGACGGAAAUGAAAAGCGGUCUGCCGCAACGCGAUAUGCAAGCGAUACGCGAAGUGCUGGGCGGCAGCGUCAGCGAUGAGGCCAUCAACCAGGUGGUGAGCGUGCUGAAUGGUCAGCAGUUGAGCAAUAUCGAUGCAGAGGAAGAUAUCGAAAAGAGUGAGCUCAGUUCCAGCGAACUAAUUGAGCAGGCGUUGCGUCGCGUCGACAUUUUAGCCGAUAAGCCAUCGGAGCAAAUAGCGAGCAUCAUAAAGAUAUGGCGGCAGGCACAUCGCAGCGUCUAUGUGUACUAUGAAAUGGCAACGAAAGCUUAUUUCAAUUAUCUAUCCAUCGGCGCGUCGCAAUUAGAGGCGAAGAACACGCUGAGCGAUUGUACGCCCGUCACCGUUACGUUGCGCUUGCUGCGUUUGAUUGUCAAAUAUGCCGCGGGCCUGCAGGAUGUGCUGGAGGAGGGUUUGCGCACCACACCGCUGCGUCCCUGGAAGGUCAUCAUACCGCAACUCUUCAGUCGGCUCAAUCAUCAUGAGCCAUAUGUGCGUAAGAGCGUCGCGGAUCUACUCUGCCGUUUAGCGGAGGAUCGUCCGCAUUUGAUUAUAUUCCCUGCCGUGGUGGGCGCGCAUCAGGAAUCGAAAGAGUCUACGCCACCGUGCCUUGGCAAUACGUUGAAGGACGCUAACGCCAGCAACAAUAAAGAGCAAAAGUCUAGUACGCAGCUGUCGAACUGUUUCCGUUCGUUGUUGCAAACGCUGUCACAGCAGGCGCCAGACACUGUUGCGCAUGUGCAGCUGCUGGUGAAGGAAUUGAAGCGCGUGACACUAUUAUGGGAGGAAUACUGGGUGCAUUCGCUCUCACAAUUGUACAGUGAGUAUGCGGCACUGUUCAAUGCGCUGGAAGCGGAAUUGAAGAAGGCCGGCGGUACAGCGUCAGAGAAAAUAAUCGCAAAGUACGCGACUUUGAUGAAUCACGUGGUCUUUGAUAUGCAGCGCAUUGCCGCGGUCACCUCAAAAUCAGCUGACACCAAUUAUGAGCGUAAUUUCCAAGAGCGCUACAGCGCGCUCAUCGCCAGCACGAUAAAUGAGUUGAAUCAGCCCUUCAAUCCGGCCAAACCGUUCGACGGCUGGAUGCGCAUUAAGCAGUUGUAUGGUGUUUUCCAGCAGCGCUCGCUGCGCGGCUGCGCGUCCACACUUAAAAUCGCCGAUCUCAGUCCGGUGUUGGAGAAUAUGCGCAAUACGGCCAUAUCCAUGCCGGGCGUCGACACCUACGCCAAGGAACCGGUCUACAUAAAGUCGGUGGACAGCGCGGUUCAUAUUUUGCCAACCAAAACGAAGCCGAAAAAGUUGGCUUUUUACGGCAGCGACGGACGCAAGUACACCUAUCUAUUUAAGGGCUUGGAAGAUUUGCAUUUGGACGAGCGCAUAAUGCAGUUCCUUUCGAUCUCGAAUUCGAUGAUGGCGCGCGCCAAUAUGGGCGUGGACUCAUUGCAGCGCGCACGCGCAUUCAAAGCACACCACUACUCCGUCAUACCGCUUGGCUCACAAUCCGGUCUGAUCAGUUGGGUUGAUGGUGUGACGCCGCUCUUUGCCAUCUAUAAGAAGUGGCAACAGCGUGAUGCUGCCUUAAAACAACAACAAAAGGAGCGUCAAAAUACACAACAAGCUGGUGUGCAAUCAACGGAAGUCGCACCAGCUGCCACGCGUCCGUCAGAGCUGUUCUACAGCAAAUUGACGCCGUUGUUGGCGGAGCAAGGCAUGAAAAUCACCGAUCCACGUAAACAAUGGCCACUGGCCACAUUGCGGCGCGUGCUGGAGGAGUUAAUCAAGGAGACGCCGCGUGAUUUGCUCGCUAAAGAGUUGUGGUGCUUCGCGAAUACGGCGGCUGAUUGGCGCGCCUCGGUGCGCAAUUACUCGCGCUCCAUGUCGGUAAUGUCCGUUAUCGGCUAUGUGAUCGGGCUGGGCGAUCGCCACUUGGACAAUGUGCUGAUCAAUUUGACUACGGGCGAAAUCGUGCAUAUCGAUUAUAAUGUAUGCUUCGAGAAGGGUAAAACACUGCGUGUGCCCGAGAAGGUGCCCUUCCGCAUGACACCCAAUUUGGAGGAAGCCUUGGGUAUAACAGGUAUUGAGGGCACAUACCGCCUGGGCUGUGAGCAUGUGUUGAAAAUAUUGCGUAAAGAGCGUGAAACAUUACUCACACUGCUGGAGGCAUUCGUUUAUGAUCCCCUAGUUGAUUGGACGGUAAGUGACGAUGGCACCACGACCGUAGCACGCGCCACCUCAGCGCACGCAGCCGCUUUGAGUUUGAAUGCAUUGGACGCAGUGGCGACCGGCGUACAAAAGGAGGGUAACACGAAAUCCAAUGGACCCACAGACGAAGCAACACAGCGCAAACCGACUUGGGAAUACACACGGCAGUCGCUCGAAGUGCGGCUGCACGAACUCAAACCAUUUUGGACACAAUACAGAGACGAUCUGCAGACGCGUUUGUCAGAGAUCGAGGGUGCGCUCGAUCAUUUAAUCGAACUGCAAGCCGAGAUACGUCGAGAAGAGCAAGAACGCGAUCGCAUUACCAAACAAUCGGCAAUGAUACGCGAAUUGCAAGCACUCGGCACAGCGAUGGGUAGUCACGCGCUAAACACGAUUACCGAUCGUUACAACAGCUGUAAGCGUGACGAAAGUGCGCUCAAUCUGAUGAAGGAGAAUGUGCAAAAAUAUCAGACGGACACCCAUGCUAUACUGACUAUAUAUUUCGAACAAUUGCUACCCACCUCUGCCACACGCGAAUUGUCAACAUUGCAAUUGCAACUGUGUGAUCUACAACAAAAUGUAGCAACAAAUGAAUUCGAAUUGCUACACACCCUGCUCGAGCAGAGCGGCCAGGAGCAACUGUAUGCACAGUGUGAUUUCACACGCAAGGAAAUGGAUAAUACACUCUAUCAGCAGUGCCGUUGCGCCCUGGAAUGCAUUGAUCUGUUGCAACAAUAUAUUGGCGUGAUGCAAUUUUAUCCACGCUCACGUCUGUUGGAAAAUCAUUUGCUCAAAUACGAGAAAGCUUACCGUGAGCUCUUGAGCGGAGAGCUCAGCGUAAGCGAGUUGCAGCAGCAAAUUGAGCAGUGGCAAGAGAGCGCACCGUCCAUAUCGACGGAUGGUGCGAAGUCCGAAGCCAUGCAGUAUGCAGCUGGUUUGGAGAAAGUGUGGAUUGAGGCGAAUAUGGAAUUGGCCACCGCCAUUAGUGAUUUGAAUGAGCAGUCGAAUCAAGUGUCAAUUUUGUUUGAUGGCGCUGUUGCCACAAUACACACUUUCAUCGCCUUAGAUCCGGACACGCACACACAAGCGCUGCAAUCCUGCAUGCUUGAAACGCUAUCGAAAGCAACUGAUUCCUUCCUGAUCUUCGAAGAGUGUGCUUUGGAUACACAAGAUUACUAUCUGCUCAAUCAACAAUUGAAUUUCCUGGAAAUGCUACAACAACUGUGUCAAGUGGCCUUCCCAGAUGCCGAUCAACAUUAUUACGAUAAUUUACUCACACUCGCCGAAACGCUGCAAUCGUUGCAUAAUUUGAAAACAGCUUUUCAACAAUCGUUGCCCGAACGCAUCGUGCGCCUAUACAUGCAGGACAACGACGAUGAAGUGCAAGCAGCUUUGGCAGAAAUUUGUGCACAUGCGCCGAACCCUGCCGACUCACCGCAACGCAUGCAUAGCGGCAGCGCCGAGGUGACGCUGCUUUUCAAUGAAAUUUACGCGCUCUUCGAUGAUUUCGAAACACGCGUCAAGCUAUUAAGACCCACUGUGGAAAUAAUUUUGGAGCGAAUGGGCGAAUCCAAUUUCAAGCAAUUCGUGGAAUCCCGCUUCUUUGCCAACGCCACAGCAACGAUCGAUAGCAGCUUAAAAUAUGAAGUAAUCGCCAAUACUUUCCGUUCGGCACGUGAUAAUGUCAAAGCAUUGCUACACAACGACACACAACAAAUAUACGAUGUGCGUCGCUUUUCAGCAUCCAUUAACGAGUACAUGAACACUAUGCAGCACACAAUACUCGCUGGCCUGCCAUCACUUUUCGCGCAUAUGCUACACGGCCGUUUGACCACGCUCGCCGCUCAAUAUCCGAAUUUGCGUUGCUUGGAGGCUGCUACACUGUUGAAUGCCGAGGGUUUAUGCCAGAAUCUGUUGCAUGCCUUACAGCAAGGUUUCAGCGGCAAGAACUAUCAAAUGCAAGUGCUCCUCCAUACCAAAUGGGCUGAACAUUGCGCGCUCGUCGGCAGCGCACACUUUUGGUUGAAUGAAGCGGCGCUGCAGCAGUCCGAUACACAGUUGAUGUAUGGUUUUCCGAAGGAAAAACUGCUGAAAUCAGUGCAAGCUUGCAGUCAGUCAUUGAGCGCUUGGAAGCACACAAUGAUUAAGAUACACGAAGAUGUGGAUAAGUAUACGGCUGCCGUGACGCAGCAGCUGAACUGGGCAUUGCAAUCGAAUGGCAGUUUGCUGUCAGUGCAAGCCGACUUUAUGGAAUGUGUAAAGGCACAGCUGCUGCGCUACAACAGCCUGUUGCAAUCGGCUACACAGAUAUACGAUUAUGCCAAUGCUCUGUUGCAAUACGAAUUGCUGCAGAGCAAGGACAAUCGCAUACAGGCUGAUAAUGCAUUUCUCGCUGUGCUGCAACAGUGGCAGGACGCUGUGGCCUCAGUGCAGCAGAGUAACGCAAGUAUUACGCCGAUUGAGCAAUCGAUUGUGCAGCUCUUGGAUCCGGAGGGUAAAGUGGAUCAGUGUUGGAUAGAGAAUAUUGCCGGUUUGCUGGAUGAAAUGACGUUCGCUUCACAGCGCAAACUGGCCACAUUGGAGCAUGAGCAAGAUGCUCUGAAAGAGGGACUUUUCGAACAAGGACAACAGAUGCUGCCCUUGAUCGACCCCCAAAUACGCAGCGAAGUGCGUCACAUCUUUAAAGCGAUCACCAAAAAUGAUCGAAAUGCACGCGCCACUGCAGCUGCUGAAAGAAUUGGCUCUGUUGCGCAUGCGCGAGAUCUACAACACGCGCUACGCUUAUUCCACAAUAAAUUAUCGGAGCUGCAGAUGCAAUUAAUUGCGCGUAACACCGCCGACACCACGCCCACGGAGUUGAAGACCAAAGUACACGAGCUGCUUGCGAGCCACGAACAAAACUACACUGGAUUACUGGAGUUGGCGCAACGUUUCAGCAGCGAAGAGAGGGAAGGUGCGUCGUCGAGUAGUAGGACUUCGGAUUCGCCUUUGCGCAACAAAGGCAGCUAUGCGGCGGCUUUGGAGGGUACACAAAAAUCUACAGGUAACAAAGACGAAGCCACGGCCACGUCAGCGGUGGAUGACGGUGCUGUUGAUAAGAAAGCUGGCACUGCCAACAAUCCGGGCGAGCAGAAACGCAACGCUUACGCCGUGUCCGUUUGGAAGCGUGUACGCAUGAAGCUGGAAGGUCGCGAUCCAGACUCAAAUCGACGCUGUACAAUUGCCGAGCAAGUUGACUACAUCUUACGCGAGGCAAUGAAUCCCGACAAUCUAGCUGUGCUCUACGAAGGCUGGACUCCUUGGGUUUAAAUGCUUAACGAAACGGCUUCGUAUGUGGGGAAGCCUUAACCUAACUCAAUUCAGCAGUAGCAGCAGCAGCAGCAACAGCUACGGCAACGGCAACAGUCAAUGCAGUGAACAGGAACAGUUAGCGGAGAGUAGAGAAACAGUGGGAAGAUGGAGCGCGGCAGGACGACCAAGACGACCAGUUGGAGGAUACAGCAUUAUGAUCAACCGUUACAUACCAACCUACGAUACUUAAUAUAUAUAAUCAUAUAUAAAUAUAUAUAUAUAGACACAACAAUCAUCAUUAAUAUCAGCGAGCAACGUCUAAGGGGUAACCUGCGUGAGCAGCUAUUAGCUGGAAAUUUGUCCAUAUAAGGAAGCAGGAAGUAUGGGCGUCGACAACACUGUGGCAGCACCUACUCGCCUAUAUUAUAACAACAACAACAAGAAAAAUACGAUCAAAACAUCUUCGGUAUAGCUGGCUUAGACGUUGGACGGAUUGUUUGUUGGGAUGCUGGAGGGGGUUGUUUUGAAAAUUAGAAUUCAGUCGGUGUUUUGAGCGUGCGUGCGCUCGAUAAAUAACCGUUUCACCUUGCUGCCAUGCGCCACACUACAAGCUGCGGUUUAUGGCGGGCGGUGCUUCUGUGUGUGUGAAUGUGUACGUGAAGGGAGUAGUUGGCCGUCAUACAUGGUGGUGGUGGUGUGUGGUUGUUUCGGGGGGAAGGUGUACGGUGUAUGGUUUUUGUGUACGCACGUCGUCUUUGCAGGCUGAAUUUUUAUUUCUAGAUUACAUUACUAUAAAAUUUUAAUAUAUAAACAUAUAUUUUUUUCGUUUUCAAUUAUGAUUUCACUAUAAAUUUCUAAUUUAAUUUGUCAGUACGCCUGUAGCAUGUAGUCUCUAUGGUCAGAGAUUUACAACAACAUCCAUAGAAAACUAUUUGGUGACCUAAUAUUAAGUUGGCCGUGAAAUAAUAAAAAUAAAAAAGCUAUACAAUACAUGUAACUGCUUCGUCGAUAUAGAA